UUAAGAUCGACCACGAUCACAAGUAUCAAAAUCAUGAGAUCAACAAUAAAAAGCUUGCUCCCGUGGACCUAUAAGCUUAGGUCACUAUGGAUAAUUUGUUUUUUUUUUUUUUUUUUUUUUUUAAAUAAGACAUUCCUAGCCUAUAAGGCUAUCUACAUCUAUGGAUAAAUAACAUAAUUUUUUUGACUAAUUUUAACAUGAUAUAAGUAUUUACAUUUUACAAUUACAAUUAAGAGCGAUAAUUACAGUAGUGACUAGUUAUUUAAUAGCAUUAUCGAAUAAGAUCGUGCGGGCGACCGCGUUUUAGACGUUUUAGUCGUCUUUGAGGUGGUGGACGUAUGUGUAAGUUGAAGUGUAUUGAGCCAGUUGAUUUUUGGAGUGUAUAAUUUGUUAUAUUAUAAUAAUAGUUAUAGUUAUUAUAUAAUAGACUAAGUUUAUGCGUACACCGGAUUAUUAUUUCCCCGCCAAAACUCAAUUUUAAAUGUUCCCGAAUUCAUUAUUAAUUUCCACAGAAUAGAUCAUCUAUCUAUCUAUCUGUAUCUUUUAAUAUUAUAAUCUAAAAAUUUUAAGUCGAACAGACUGUGAAUUUUGUGCGAGGUCCCGUCAAACAGCCAAAAAUUAAAACAGCAAUAUUGCAGUUAGUAUUAUAAUUUAUAAAUUAGUUACUUAUUAGUACAGACAUGCCAACGGAUUAUCCGGGAAACGAGGAUCACCUAUAUAGCUUUAGCCAUAUUGUAUAAGACGCAUUCACGAGUUUCCGCUCGAUAGAUCAACUUACCCGUAGAGAAUAAUAUUAAAUAUAUUAAUAACUGACGGAUAAAUAUAUAUAUAUUAUAUUAUAUUAAAGUAUUAAACUCGUACCAUGUUGAGUGGUUGUGCGUUUGAUAUAGGGGCUGGUAUUUAGUAUUUACUAUUACCAAGUUUGCAGUUAGCCGUUAGGUACCAAACUACCAACAGUUCACCGACGUCGAGGGUUUUACCGUGGCUGGUUUCUUAUUUAGCCAUGGGUUUUAAAAAUGUACGGUAUUUCAAUGUUCAAUCCAUUAAUGAAAAAUGAGUAUAGCCAUUGUUCUGUGGUAUAGCGGUACCCAUCUCUGUAUAAAAGUGUUGGCAUUCUUAUGUUGCCGUAAGUUUUAACUUUUUAAGUGUUUGUCAUCCGCAAGAACGUUUAUUUACAAUCGCUGAGACUCGACUUGCAUCCCAGCUGUAUACUUUCUCCAUCUCAGACCGCACACCGACAUGAUGGACUCUGCAGCCAGUGGCGGUCCGAGUUCUAGCAAACGUCAUCAUCCGUACGAACGAGCCUUGGAACCUUCACCGAUGCCCGCGUAAUACAAUUUUCCGAUGACUUUAGCACUGAUCAAUUUGUUUUUUUGUCGAUGAUUUUUUUAUCCUGACCUUUCCGUUGCUGUGCCCCUUUAAGUCCUUACCUUACAUUUUAACGCCGGAUUGAAUGUCCGGCUCGAUCAAUGUAGAUUUAGAUAUUUAAUAUGAAAUAAAUUGCAUAUUAUGAUAGGCAGUACAUAAUCAAUCAUCAAAAGUUUCGGAUGGACAUUUAAGUAACACCUUUUUUUUAUUAAUCUAAAGCUCGGCAACUAUGGCCAUUAGCUGUGUUUGUGUGUGUGUGCGGCAGUAUGGUUGGUUUGGAACACGUAUAUUAAAAUGUGCGGCAAGGAUUUUGUUGCUAAUAACCCCGGGUGGUCACCCAUCCGAAAGGCGAAAGCUAGCAAUUACAAACGUCAGCCAGUGUGCGUACACAACUGAGUGUAGUCGUGUAGACACCGCGCCACGCAACAAAUUUAUUUUACCAUAUCAAGAAAAUGCUUAUCAGCUCAACCUUGUUCACUACCAACACUGCUCAAAACCAUUGUAAUAAGCCCAACGAUGAGUCCAAAGCAGUUAUUGACGAGGGCAAGAAGCUUUUGGUUGGAAGUGUUCAACAAGUGGCACAGUGGUGCCGAAUGUUAUCCUUUUUGGAACCAACCAAAAUUAUUUACCAAGUAUUUGUUUUAGGUGUUAUGGAUUCAGUGAAAACUGGCAGCAAUAAAUGCGAAAAAAUAUUUUGUUUGCGUAGCGAACAGAAAAAAUCUGGAAUAGUAUGUGUAUUUUAUGAAAUAGAUAGAAAAAUGCCUAGUAUAUCUAAAGGAACAUUUGUACUGUGUACUGGUCAUGUAAAAGGAAAAAAUAAAUUGCAAGUUUUCACCAUUCGAGAAAUACUUGAAGAUAAAAAUGCAUUCGACAGAAUAUCAUUAGUCAGCCAUUGGACAAUUAAUGAUAUUUUAAUAUAUAAAGUUUAGUAUUAUUAUAAGAAGUUUCAAUUGUAAAUUAUUAUUUUAUUUUUUGA